AUGUUUGUUGUCUCUAAAGUUCUAGUUCUUCCACCACUCAAAAGUUUUGUCAUUCAAAAACUCAUGUCAACUCCUCAAAAGUCCUUGAAAAACUCAUGUCCACCUGUCUAUCAUGAUCCAAUCAGUCCUCCGGAGAGUCAGAUAAAAGGGAAAUGCCACUUAGAUACGGCUGUUGGAAUCUCUCUCUCUCUUCAAGGGCCCCUUGAAUGGUUCCGCCCGGCGCGGUCGGUGUCCGAUUCGAGGAUAUAUAGGCGGGGAGCGAUUAGGAGCGUCGUCGCGCGUGAUCGGCGGGCUGGAAGAAGAAUGGUGUAUGUUUGGCUCGCCGCCUUCUUCCUCCUCGUCUUCCUCCUCGUUCUCGUCAUCUACCAGCUUAUGAGUUUGGCAGACCUAGAGUUUGACUGUAUCAAUCCAUAUGAUUCAGCAUCGCAGAUAAAUAAAGUGAUAGUUCCAGAGUUUGUCUUGCAAGGAUCCUUGUGCCUACUCUUUCUCUUAUCUGGGCAUUGGUUAAUGUUCUUGUUUUGCGUUCCAAAUCUUUACUACAACUUCAGACUGUAUCAGCGUCGCCAGCAUCUAAUUGAUGUAACUGAGGUAUUUAACCAGAUUAACCGAGAAAAGAAAAGGCGCUUGUUCAAAGUAGUGAGUGUCGUCGGUCUCCUCCUGAUGUCUCUAUUUUGGAUGCUUUGGAGCGUACUGGAAGUUGAUGAGCAGUUGGUGACUGUCAGGAGUUCCUGAUGCUCCUUGUUCUCGCUUCGGCUGCAAGCGUAUAAACAGUACAGGACCACCAUCAUCUUCAACUCUGCAGCACAACAUCUGCUGUUUGGCCGUCUAAUCUAUCAUUGCUUUGUAGCUUGCUUUAUGUUUACUAUCAGGGCAUUUGCCUGAUAGCCUCGGCAAGCCCAAAAAUCAGAAAUGAGUGCAAGACACUCAAUGAUUCCUGAAAUCAUUUGUACAUGACAGUAAUCCAUCCGACAGUCCUUUGUUUUCUGUUUCAGGUCAUCUUUUGAUUUUUACAACUCAUUCCUGUGAUGACAUUUGAUGUCGAACAAAAAUGUAAAUAUUUAUAA